GGCGCGGCGCGGCGCGGCACGGCGCGGCGCGGCACGGCACGGCACGGCACGGCCAUGCCGCGCUCGCUCAACUCCAUCGUGGCCGUCAGCCAGAACAUGGGCAUCGGCAAGGACGGGCGGCUGCCCUGGCCGCCGCUGAGGAACGAGUACAAGUACUUCCAGAGGAUGACGAGCGCAUCCCGCGUGGAAGGAAAACAGAAUGCAGUGAUAAUGGGUAAAAAAACGUGGUUCUCCAUUCCAGAGAAGAACCGUCCUUUAAAAGACAGAAUUAAUAUUGUGCUCAGCAGGGAGCUCAAGGAAGCCCCGAAAGGAGCACAUUAUCUUUCCAAAAGUCUGGAUGAUGCUCUAGCUCUUUUGGAUUCGCCAGAGUUAAAAAGUAAAGUCGACAUGGUUUGGAUCGUGGGAGGCACUUCAGUGUACAAGGAAGCAAUGGAGAAGCCAAUUCAUCAUCGAUUGUUUGUGACAAGAAUCCUGAAAGAAUUUGAAAGUGACACAUUUUUUCCAGAAAUUGACCAUAAAGACUACAAGCUUCUAACAGAGUACCCAGGUGUUCCUGCUGAUAUCCAGGAAGAGAAUGGGAUCCAGUACAAAUUUGAAGUGUAUGAAAAAACUGUCGCGCCGCCAUAAGGGAGGCAUUUUGUACUUCUGUGUAAGGGCAGGUAUUUUAACCCAUGAAGUUUUACUGAGUGUAAAGAUACAUUAAAAUUUUGAAGAAAAUCAU